AUGUCCAGCGACUCCCAACUUCCACGCAUUCACUUGCUCACUCCUCCACCGGUGAACCCACCACCGUCCUUUAUCGCCCCAUCCGCCGCCUCCCAGAUCAUCACUGCCGACCAGGAAUUCAACACCGCCGACUUCGUCGCCGCCGAUGACAACGAUGGCGUCAGCGCCAGUGCCAUCGUCACUCCACAAGCGCUGACCGCGCUGAAUGGAUUCCUCGACCAUCUGCUCUUCAACAUCCUCGCCACCGCCAAAUCCACCCAGUUGACAUCGAUCCGACCAGCUCUUGCGGAAGUACUGAAACCGCGACUUGCGAAAGAAGUUGUCACCGCGGCCGAUGAAGAGCUGAGCGAAUAUAUGGGUGGCCCGGAGGACGAGGAGGUGGAGUUUGGUGGCUCUCUGUCCCAGAGCGGCGAAUUCGACCUCAUUCGUUCGUGGAAACUGACCCGUCUGCGGUGCAUGGUGUACACGCGACUGGGAGACAUGGAAGAAGAUGACGAGGAGGAAUAUAUCGCACAGGACGGCCUCGCCGACGAUGAAGGUGUCUCACGCAGGUUUUCCACCCAUGUGGGCACCAUCACCCCUGCAGCGGCCAUUUUCAUCACCUCCAUCAUUGAACAUAUCGGCGAACAGGCUCUGGUGAUUGCUGGAGAAACCGCUCGCUCUCGUCUCGCCAAAGCGGGCAACAAUCCCGACGCUGACGCGGACACGGAACGCGCCACCAUGGAUCGCUUGGUGGUGGAAGAUCUCGAUAUGGAGAAAUUGGCUUUAAACCCCACCUUGGGCCGGCUUUGGCGGACGUGGAGAAAGCGCAUUAGGAACCCGACCCUGACUCGAGCCGUCUCCAGGGAAUCGGUUUACCGUCGUGGCACCAUCGGUGCAUUCUCCCUCAGCCAGAAGAGUAGCAUCAAUGCCAUCGACGAGCUCCUUUCCAGCGCUGGUGGAACCCCGGCAACUGAAAUCCCUCCCACGGAACUUGACCCGGCCUCCAUUCCACUGCCCGUCAGUGACCAUGACAUCGAGGAGAUUGAAAACCCAGCGUUUGCGCAUGACAUGGACGGCGGUGAAGUUGUCCAGACCAUGGAGGCCGUGGUUGCUCACAAAGUGCGGCCUCACAGUCUCAUGGUGCUCACUCUGCCCUCCCCAAGAUCUCCAAUGUCCGGCGGAAGCUCCCCAUCCCCCAUCACCCCGAACUCUGCCAGUAGCUCAAAACCCGUUCGUCAUGCCCGUUCAAGAUCUCUGCCCAACGCCUCCUAUGAUCAAGAGGCCCCACAAGACGAGAAGGCCCCUGAGUCUGAGCCAUCGCCCACCGCCGAAGAACGAAAGAAACUGGAGACGAUGUAUGAACACGAAGAGGACAAUGUCCACGUGGUCGAGGCUAAAACUGUCGCCAUCAACGAUGCCGUGAAAUUAGAUCAUGCGGACUUCUCCCGGAACGAAGAAUCCGCCAAAGGAUUGCCGGAAGGGUCGCUAGAAAUGACAGCGACGUCUUCGACGUCUGCAGCCUCCAUGGAAGCUGUCACGAGUCAGACCAGCAGCACUCACGGAUCAACAUCGUCGUUAAGCGACCGAGUCCACACUGAUACCGACGUAGAGAUUCUGGAAGGACAAGGCAUGGCUGAGAAGCCGAAACUGACCACAACAACUGUGCAGCGGCCGAAACGUAAAUCAAGCAGGCUUGCACCCAACGUUGAUUGCUCGCCGCAAGCUGUGCCGGAAGAUGAGUCUCCGAGACCAGGGAUUUCCGCGCCUGUGCGACCCGCCGUUCAAUCCGAGGUCGUACAGGUGGCAGAUGCGGAUACUGCUACAGAGUUUCAGGCCCCUCACGCCUUGCCUUCCACCGUCAACACCCAGUUGGAAAACAAUCACCGACCAGUAUCAACCUCUGGUGAAGGCGGACAUACAGAACAACUCCGGCCUCGCUCUAGGCCGAGUCCUUUGCCAUUGACUACUAGCGCAAGUCCGAGUCAACACGGUGUUUCAAGCCCCGGAUUAUCGUCUGCGAGUUCAGCGACUGAGCGGGCAGGCGUUCAACGGUUAUCUGGAAAGCUCCCGCCUUCUGCUACAUCCUCCAGCUUUCCGAAAUCUCGUCGGUCUGAUAGCUUCAGUAGCAACCGGGAGAAGCGUCCAGUCACGGCUGGAUCCACUACCUCUCAGGUUUCGAGCAAGCUGAAAGGCCUCAUCAGUCGGCCGGCAGAGUCAGGAUCACUUCGUCUUCGUAGCUCGUCGGAGACGAGUAGAGCAUCCGCUUACACUGGGGAUUCGGUGCGGGAUGACAAGUCUGGUUUAGACGAGUUGAUCCGUAGUGAGGAGACAAUCCAUUAUACCCUGACUCCGAAGAGCAUGAGGGAGAUGGAGAACCCUGACUCGCCCCGUUGGCGUACCCAGCGCUCGAGUACUGCAGACUUGGCCGACUUUCUGAAGAACACGGCUCCCCCUGGGGAGGCCACACGUCCUAGAACUAAGGGCAAUACCGGACCCAAAUCCCCGGAGAAACCGAAAUACACUCCCAUCCAAAUUACCGCCGUGAACACACAGCAGAACCCAAAUGCGGGCCACACUCGUGAUACAAAGGCUAGUGUUGGAUCAACGCGUGAUUUCGCCAAAUUCGUCAAGUCGGGCGGCGGCGCAGCUGCUCCUCCCACCAGUGGUCAAAAUGGAAGUGCAAAGACGUCGCGUUUCCGUCGGUUUUCUGAUGCAGCUGAAUUGUCCAAGAAAUUCACAAGACCUGCAAGUGGCGUUUCGAACCCACCCCGCAGCAAUGGUCCCCGGCCGCAGGCACGUCCGGCUGCCAUCCCCAGAGAGGAUUCGGCCGAUUUAAUUGACUUCAUUCGCGAGGGCCCUCCAACCCCCGGGGCCCGUCGCAUCCCUCGGACCGUCGCACCUUUCCGGGACACAAUGGAUUCUGAUGACCUGGAUUCUCUUGAGCCUGCCAGCACGGUUGCUAGCACGCAUGAGGGUUCGAUGGCAACCAAGUCUACUGGCUCCCGCACUGGUCUUCUGGAGUCAACCAACCGAACAACUGUCCAAGCAAGUGGGCCGGUGCCCACCAGCAACCCGCCUCCUGUCGGCGCGUCGAAUGGCCCAUUCCCUGUGCGGAAACAAAGCCGUGUGCCUGAUCCGUAUGCUAUUGAUAUGGACGAUGACCUCGAUGAUGACGAACUUGAAGAGCUUCUGGAGACUCCAAAGCCGAAGCGUGAGGAGGAGAGUUUGAUGGACUUCCUGCGUAACGUGCCUCCGCCAGCGUCGGAGGCUCCUCCCCAACCCUUCUCGGUGAAUAUGCCUGCCGCUAAAGGCUCUUCUGGCGGCUUCGGGGGCGCUUCCUCGAUCAAGGCUCGACUCCUUCGUAACACUUCUGCCGAGAAAGCCCCUUCGGCGAAGCCUUCUAGAUCCUCGCUUCGCCAACAACAACAACAACAACAACAACAACAACAACAACCGGAGGGGUAUGGAACGACCACCUCUAAUUAUACUUGGAAAACCAGCUCGGAGAGGCCUGCAGGAACCUUGCGCACCUCUCCCAGCAUGCCAUCCGUAUCGGAGAGACAGACCGAAACCAGCGCAUUGGCAGAUUUUCUCCGGAACACCGGACCUCCUGAGCCACCGAUGCCUGUUCGGCAAACUUCUGCUGCCGGAGGCAAGAUGCUGGAUUCAAACAACAUCUCUCGCCUCUUCACAAGGCGUAAGAAGGUCGAGGUGUAG